GGGGCUGGGCCGGGCCCCCGGGGGCCGGCGGGGGCCGUGAGCCCUCAGAGAGAGUGUCCCAGGCCCCUCGGGGACACGCUGGACCGAAGAUGCCAACCAAUGGUCUGCACCAGGUGCUGAAGAUCCAGUUUGGCCUCGUCAACGACAGCGACCGCUACCUGACCGCGGAGAGCUUCGGCUUCAAGGUCAACGCCUCGGCGCCCAGCCUCAAGAGGAAGCAGAUCUGGCUGCUGGAGCCGGACCCGGGCCAGGGCGCGGCGCUGCUGUUCCGCAGCAGCCACCUGGGCCGCUACCUGUCGGCCGGCGACGACGGGCGUGUGGCCUGCGAGGCGGAGCGGCCGGGCCGCGACUGCCGCUUCCUGGUCCUGCCGCAGCCCGAUGGGCGCUGGGUGCUGCAGUCGGAGCCGCACGGCCGCUUCUUUGGUGGCACGGAGGACCGGUUGUCCUGCUUCGCCACGGCCAUCUCCCCGGCCGAGCUGUGGACGGUGCACCUGGCCAUCCACCCGCAGGCGCACCUGCUGAGCGUGAGCCGGCGGCGCUACGUGCACCUGUGCCCGCAGGAGGACGAGAUGGCGGCGGACGGUGACAUGCCGUGGGGCGUGGACGCGCUGCUCACCCUCAUCUUCCAGAGCCGGCGGUACUGCCUCAAGUCCUGCGACAGCCGCUACCUGCGCAGCGACGGCCACCUCGUCUGGGAGCCCGAGGCCCGCGCCUGCUACACGCUCGAGUUCAAGGCGGGCAAGCUGGCCUUCAAGGACUGCGACGGCCGCUACCUGGCACCCGUGGGGCCCGCCGGCACGCUCAAGGCCGGCCGCAACACGCGGCCCGGCAAGGACGAGCUCUUCGACCUGGAGGAGAGUCACCCACAGGUGGUGCUGGUGGCUGCCAACCAGCGCUAUGUCUCUGUGCGGCAGGGGGUCAACGUCUCAGCCAAUCAGGACGAAGAACUGGAUCAUGAGACCUUCCUGAUGCAAAUUGACCAGGAGACAAAGAAGUGCACCUUCUAUUGCAGCACCGGGGGCUACUGGACCCUGGUCACCCAUGGGGGUAUUCAGGCCACAGCCACACAAGUUUCUGCCAACACCCUGUUUGAGAUGGAGUGGCGUGGCCGGCGGGUGGCACUCAAAGCCAGCAAUGGGCGCUAUGUGUGCAUGAAGAAGAACGGACAGCUGGCGGCCAUCAGCGAAUUCGUGGGGCCGCCGCCAGACCCGGUCCAGACAGGGAAGGUGGCAGGAAGGGCGGCCAGCAGCGCCCUCUCCCCGCCAGGCAAGGACGAGGAGUUCAUCCUCAAGCUCAUCAACCGGCCCCUCCUGGUGCUGCGCGGCCUGGACGGCUUCGUCUGCCACCGCCGCGGCUCCAACCAGCUGGACACCAACCGCUCCGGCCUACGAGAAUCUGGUGGGGCUCAACACCCAGAGGAGCAGUGGCUCUGGCGGGAGCCCCGAGGGGACCAGGAGAGUAUGGGCAAGGCUGAGCAAGGGUGGACCAUGUCAGUGGAGGGACGCUGCGAUGUGGCUCCGACGGUUUGGGCAGAAAGACUGCUCAGCAGUGACGAGACAGAGGAUGCAGCAGCUGCUGGGCACGAGGGCAGGAGUGAUGAGGACGGAGGACACGCAGCCAAGGCCAGGGUGGAGGACGGACAACGGAGAGCCCAAUGGGGCCCAGAAGCUCUCUCGGUUUCUCCGAGAAGACCCUGUGUCACGUUCCACUUCCCUUGGGCACUCGCUUGUGCCUUCUCCUCCACGGUGGCCAAACCCGCCUUCCCUGACCUUCCACGGCUCUAG